GCGAACACAAUACACGUUGGAGACGGCGAUGCUGUAGAUUGAAAUCCUUCUGAUAUGAGCUAUUCCCGUAAGGCAUUUCUGGGGAUUGGGUAUGUUUCUCUGCUGAGUGAUACAUCAGACACUCAACCUAUUUGAAAGCAGUUUGUCAUCAUCGGCUGCUUGAGCGAACAACACGUGUGAUUUUGAGACUCGGAAGCGCGCGGCAUUUUUCGGCAUUAGCCUCAACUUACAGACUGUGAUGGAGAAAGCACCACUGCCUGGAGACGAGCGUUGCACAACAGAUGGGCAACAGGCUGUCGCAGCGGAUGGUGCCAAUGCUGACCCAGAGGAUGUGGUGACUCGCGAUGGCUGGGAUAGCAAGCUGGAGUACGUGCUGGCCCAGGUCGGCUUCAGUGUGGGCCUGGGAAACGUCUGGAGAUUCCCCUACCUCUGCCACCAAAAUGGAGGAGGGGCCUUCCUGCUGCUCUACAUCCUGCUGAUGGUGUUGGUGGGAGUGCCGCUGUUCUUCCUGGAGCUGGCCGCUGGACAGAGUAUCCGGCAGGGCAGCAUCGGCGUCUGGAAGUUUAUCUCCCCCAAGCUCGCUGGCAUCGGCUUCUCCAGCUGCCUGGUGUGUUUCUUUGUGGCUUUGUACUACAACGUUAUCAUUGGGUGGAGUCUGUUCUACUUGGGGAAUUCCUUCCAGAGCCCUCUGCCAUGGGAGCAGUGUCCAAUCACCGCCAAUGGCACAGAGGUGAGAGAGUGCGCCGCCAGCACGCCCACCACAUACUUCUGGUUCCGGAAGGCCCUGGACAUCACCGACUCAAUCAACGAGACCGGCGAGUUUAACCCCAUCAUGACUGGCUGUCUGGCCGCUGCCUGGGCUAUCGUUUGCCUCGGCAUGUUCAAAGGCAUCAAGUCUUCUGGAAAGGUGAUGUACUUCUCCUCAGUGUUCCCAUACGUUGUGCUGCUGUGUUUCCUCAUCCGAGGCCUGCUACUAGACGGAGCUGUGGAAGGCCUGAAGUACAUGCUCUACCCAAGGCUGUCCAUCUGGGCGGAUGUGCAGGUGUGGCGUCAGGCGGCCACGCAGGUCUUCUUUGCUCUGGGCCUCGGCUUCGGCUCGGUCAUCGCCUACUCCUCCUACAACCCCAAGAACAACAACUGCCACCGCGACGCCAUCAUGGUGUCCUCCGUCAACUUCAUGACCUCCGUGCUGGCCUCGCUCGUGGUCUUCGCCGUGCUGGGGUUCAGGGCCAAGAAGAUCGCCUUUAGCUGCGUCAAACAGAACGUGGAGCUUCUUCUAGGUGUUGGUCUGGGUCAGGAGAUCAUGAACGUGACUGAGCCAGAGGUCUACAACGAGUGGCUGAAGGUGCACGGCCCUGGCCUGCCCAUCAACCUGACCAACUGCUCCAUGGAGAGGGAGAUGAGCAAGGGAGUGGAGGGCACUGGCCUGGCCUUCAUCGCCUUCACGGAGGCCAUGACUCUGUUCCCGGGCAGCCCCUUCUGGUCGGUCCUCUUCUUCCUCAUGCUCCUCAACCUGGGCCUCAGCACCAUGUUUGGCACCAUGGAGGGCAUCCUCACCCCACUCUACGACAACUUCACCUGCCUGGCCAAACGCAGGACCGCCUUCACAGUGUUCAGCUGCACAUUGGGCUUCAUCAUAGGCCUGUUGUUCACGCAGCGGUGUGGGAACUACUUCGUGGCCAUGUUUGAUGACUACUCCGCCACACUGCCCCUCAUUAUCGUGGUUGUGUUUGAGACCAUAAGUGUGGCCUGGGUCUAUGGGGCGGACAAGUUUCUGGAUGACAUUGAGAAGAUGCUCAACUGGCGUCCCUGGCCGAUCUACAAGUACCUGUGGAAGUACGUCUGUCUAGGGGCCAUGAUCAUACUGCUCAGUGCCAGCCUCCUGAAGAUGGUCAUCACGCGCCCCACCUACACAGCCUACAAUAAGGAACUGGCGUCUGAGAUGAGAAUGGAAUACCCCAACUGGGCGCUGGCCGUUUUGACCCUCCUCAUCGUUUGUGCCACCCUGCCUGUCCCUGUCGGCUUUGUGUACCACACCUAUCGCAACCGCGCCAGCAAAUCGAUGGGCAACGGUGGAGCAUCCCACAGCCUGGAGAACGGUCACUACCGGCCAUGUAGCACCACAGACCCAGACGCCACCCCCUCGACCGAAUCAAGACUCAUCACCGAAAAUGGCUCCCUCUCGUCACCAUUGGCUGAGGAGAAUCGAGGGCUCCUAUCAGACAAUGAGGGAGUGACAGAGUCCACGGGUCUGUGAGUGAAGAACAAGAAUCUCUUUGUUUUGUUUUGUUUUUGACUUGGAAUGAAGGGAACACAUGGAGAAAAAAAUAUUUUCUGAGGUGUUAAAAUAACAAAAAAGAGGGACAAUAAUGGAUGAUUGAAAAUGCUGUGCUAUUUCAAUGUAAUUGUGGCAUUACACACAACCUUUGAAAAGAUCACACAGCCACUCAAAGGUGCUUAACAUGUGUAAAAAGAAGUGGUUACGUUUUGUACUGUGCAGUGGUUACGUUUUGUACUAUCAAGUUCUUCUUACAGCUUCUUCUUGCAACAUCUAAGAAACACUUGAUCUUCUGAAAAGGAGUGGCCAGACUGUCCCUCUAGAAAAGCAUGCCUGUACCACGUGGUCCACAUAGCCCUUUGUAAUCGGGUCUUGUUACAUUUCACUGUUGCUGCAAGGGCCCAGUCACUUGAAUUUCACAACAUGGUUUUGGUCCAACACUUUUUUAUUUUUAUACGUUCUGUCCAAAACUGCCACGUUUGUUGUUGUAGAAAAUGGAUCCCAGUGUGCUUUGCCUCUUUGAGGGAUGGUUCAGCGAUUGCUUCAGUUGCAGCCUGAGAGCAUUGAGCAAUGGCUUGAACCUCCUGAAGUUCACACUAGGUGUGGUUUUCCCACCUCAACCCCACGAAGUCGACUGCUGAACUCCUGCUGUGGGUCCAAGAUGAAAUAAGGUGUUAUGCAAUUUUCUCUGUCUUUUCUGGUCUAUACAGUCAAUCAGUGUCUGUCUGCUAUUUUUUAAAUAACUUUUUUUAAUCUAUGAAAUGUUUUGUACAUUUAAAAAUGUAAAUAUGUAAAAUACCUAACUAAAAUGUUGUUCUGUCACUACUAUAUUUUGUACUAAUUUGGGACCAAAUGGUGUCUAACUACCCAUGCAAACAUGCAGACACUGGUGUGGGAGAUGAUCAACACUUGAAUAUGGUCACAUGCAGAAGCAGCAACACUGUGAGCCAAUAGUGCUUCAAACAUGUCCGUGGUACCUGACCAUGAGUGGAGUCAUGUAUGGAUUCCCACUUCACGUUCUUGUCGCAAAUGUCAACCUUCCUUUUACAAAGAAUGAAGUUGGAGCCAUUUUUUGGUCUCUGGCUACGUGAAACGGAUACCAUGUGUUUAAACUGCCAUUUGUUAUAUUUGCUGAAUUUUUAACAACUUGAAAUUCCUACAUCGUAUUUUUUUUAGAGUUUUAAAAGCAUUGUGUUGCAUAUCUCUAGCGUUAAGAAGCCUACUGUGCCAAACUAACAUUACUAAUGUUAGGGUUUAAAAAAAACAAAAAAAACACGGAUAUGACUGUAAUGAAUUUUGCUGAACAAAGGAUUGUCUUUUUAGGUCUGACACCCUGUGUACACAUAGCCAGAGGUAUUCUGAUAAAUGGACAAUUUCACCGUUUUCCAAAAUAUCUUUUCCACACCAUCGAUGUAUCAGCAUAAAGUAGCCGUAUAUAAUGUAGAGCUGUCAUAAAUGCAUCACACCUGUGGCCGUACAGGUGGCUUUUGUCUGUUUAGUUUACCAUAUCCAAAUGCUAAACCAGAGUUGUCAAAAAUAUUUUUUUGAAAGAACCAAUUUCUGAGGAAAAGUCUUCGUUGGUGUGUUAACGAAAAGCCCAAAUAAAGGGGAAAGGUCUCUGUUUUAAAAUAUACCCGUGUAUGUGUAAACAGGGUCUGAGAGCAUGGUGUGGAAAGACUGUUAUGAGGCUGAAUGAAAUGUUUUAUGUUUUCUGGUAUGAAUCCAUUAUGUAUUCCUUUAAUUUAUUUUGAAAAGUCCUGUCAAAAAAGUUUAAGUUGUCAGUUGCUGUAUGUCAUUUUUAUUAAUGACAGGUGUUUAACAUUUUUUAAAAGUCUGAUAUUUUUAAAAGCACGUUGCCGGUUAUCUGAAAGAGGCAAUAAAUUGAGUUUAUCAUGCAAAGAGUAUUUAUUUGACAUUUUUGUAUUUUAUAAACAAAUGCCUCAAACAUCACAAUGACAUUCACGUGAUGGUGCAUACCAUACCUGUGUAUAGAACCAUAAGGUUUCUUAAAUCUGCUUUCUGUUUUCCAACAGUAGAAGUGUAGUCAGUAUUUCAGAAAGUCAAGCUCUUUCGUUGUCUUGUCCCAAAUGAAGAGGAAUGUUGUAAAUAUGUAUCUAUCAUGCUUUUGGAUGGAUUUCAUGUCUUUUCACGAUCUGUGAAAUGUUUCCACAGUUGUGGAGAAAUGGGAGCCAUAUCCGUCUAACUUCUUUGCAUUCAAUUUACAAAUAAGCCAUUUGUUAUGUCAUUGGAUCAUUGCACAUGGAUCUUGUUUUUUGUAGUAAAAAUAAAAAACUAGUCUGCAUCACCAA